AUGUCUUCCAGCUCUUCAUCAGAUCCGCUUGUUUCCCAUGGACGCCACUUUGGUCGAACAGUGUUCGCGUUGUGUAACUACCCCUCCUUACUUACUAACAGUAUUUUGAGGCUGGAAACAAUGGAAGACAAUCCAUUGGAAGACUUCCCUGCUGAAGAGCGGCGAGAGCAUUGCGUCUUUGAGCAGCUCUUGGACUCCUAUCCCGGCCUCCUGGAUCGUUUGAAGGACGGGUCUGAGGAGGAAAUACUUCACGUUGGAGAGCUGAUCGGUAAGGGCGCCGCAGGUGCCAGAGGCGACGAUACCAAAACAUUGAAGGCAGCGGUACUUGAUUGGAUCACCCCGAACGGAGAAGCAAUACAGCCUCCUCUACAUAGAAAUACUAAGAUUAAUUGUGGGUUUAACCACGAACUUACCGGAUCUCUCCUCUGCCCUGCCAGGUUAAGCUGGAAUGAUCCUCAGACAAAAGAAAACCUACGAAGUGGCGAAAUGCUGGUCUCUGGGGAUCAAUGGCCGAUUUUUUUGUAUGCCAAUCAGGUUUACAAUCCUGAAGACCCGUGGUGCGGCCUUCUUAGGAGCCGCUUGUGCGCCUACAAAUAUGUUUUUACAUCUCCAAGCUCGGUUGACAGGGAGCCGAAGGCCACGCGAUCUGGUAAUGCCCGCCUCCACGGCAUGAUAUCUGUUACCGUCGCCUCAAUAGCGUACAUCGCAACUCAGGUGCGAUUUGCUUUAAGCUCGUCCUCAGUAUUCUCGCGAACCGACACCACGACAGAUUCGGAAAUGUUCUACCAUAGUCUCCUCGACCUUUUAGAAGACACCGAGGAAUCGCUGGAAGUCGAUGAACUGCUAACGUGGUGGAAUCGCCAAAUUUUUCCCACUUCCUCAGCUGCCAAGAGGCCUAUCAGUGCUAACAGCGCCUUAUCCAAGAUUCGACAAAAGUGUAUUGCCCUCAAACAAGCUACCAACUUGGAUAUCCCCUCUGUGUAG